AUGGCGGAGCCGCGCCGGGUGCCGUUCAUUAGCCUGUCACCCGUGCGGCGCCGCGAGGGCGAGAGCCCGGCGCUGGAUCGAGAGGCGGCGGGCCGCGACCCGGAGCCACCUCCGGCGGGCCGUGAGGCGCCACCGCCGGAGCCGCCGCCGCACGAGCCGCCCGGCGACAGCGCUGCCCGCCCGGAGCCGCCCCGAGACCCCGGCCGGCCCGAGCAGCCGCCGCAGCGGGAGCCCCCACGGCCCGAGCCACCGCCGCUGCCGCCACCGCCGCGCCAGAGCGGGCGGCAGGAGCCGCCGCCGCCGCGGGAGGCGCUCCCGCUCCGCCAGACGGUCCGCCUGGAGGUGGUGCUGAAGGACCCCACCGAGGAGGGCUGCGUGGAGUUCAGCUACCCGGAGCUGCUGCUGUGCGGGGACUCGCGGAAGAAAUCGGUUCAUUUAGAGGAUCCAUAUAACGAUGAACAACGUGAGCGACAUGAAGUAGAAAUGCUUGCCAAGAAGUUUGAGGCAAAAUACGGUGGCAAGCCCCACAAGCAUCGGAAAGAUCGCCUGCAGGAUCUGAUCGACAUCGGCUACGGCUACGACGAGACAGACCCUUUCAUUGAUAACUCUGAAGCGUAUGAUGAAUUGGUUCCUGCAUCCCUGACAACCAAAUAUGGAGGGUUUUAUAUCAACACUGGUACACUGCAGUUUCGCCAGGCAUCUGAAUCAGAGGAUGAAGACUUUGCAGAAGACAAAAAGCAUAGGCCACCUAAAAUAGCAAAGUUGAAAGAAAGUGAAGAUCGUGGAAUGAAGAAACGCAAGCGAAAAGAUGAAGGGACAGAGAAGGAGAAGAAGCCUCGGAAAAUGAAAGUUCCUAAGCAGUUGGGAGUAAUGGCCUUAAAUUCACACAAGUCUGAGAAGAAGAAAAAGAAAUUGUAUAAAGACUCUCUCUCUCUGGCUGCCAUGAUCCGUAAAUUUCAAAAGGAGAAGGAAGCCAUGAGGAAGAAGGAACCUAGUCCAAAACCUCCAGCGACUGUUGCAACCUCUACCCCUAGUAAAAUUCCUUCCUCCUCUCUCAGUGCAGGAAAUGAAAUCUCUGACUUGAAUCUUAGGAUCAAUGAUCCUGUCCUCUCCAUUUUUGGUAGCACAAAUGAACCUGAGCUCCUGCAAGAAACUGAAAGUGCCCUGGAGAUGUUGGGGGACAUUGACUUUGACAAGUUGCUUGAUGGCACUUCUGAUGGCAGCCCGGUCUCUGAGCUGUCAGGAGAGAAUGGAAAUGUCACUCAGGCAACCUACACCUCUCAGGUCAUGACACCCAAGCAGGUGCCUGCCCUCCCUGAAGGUCUGCCUGUGCUACUUGAAAAGCGCAUUGGAGACCUUCGAACAGCUGCCAAGAUGUUUGAUGAAGAAGGCAGGAAGAAGUUUUUCACACAAGACAUGAAUAAUAUUCUUCUGGACAUUGAGCUGCAGCUGCAGGAGGUGAAUCCUGCCAUCCGCAAUGGAGUCUACUCACACCUGGAGGCUUUCGUGCCGUGCAAUAAGGACACGCUUAUAAAGCGCCUGAAGAAGUUACACCUCAAUGUCCAGGAUGACCGCUUGAGAGAGCCAUUGCAGAAGCUGAAGCUGGCUGUCAGUAACGUCAUGCCUGAACAGUUAUGCAAGUAUCAGGAGGACUGUCAGGCCCGCAAUCAAGCCAAGAAUGCCAAGUUGCAAGCAGAAGAUGAACGAGAGAAAAAUGGAUCAGAGGAAGAUGAUGAUGAGAAACCUGGAAAGAGGGUUGUUGGACCCAGAAAGAAGUUUCACUGGGAUGACACAGUGAGGUCUCUGUUGUGUAAUCUUGUCAAGAUCAAGCUGGGAUGUUAUGAGCUAGAGCCAAAUAGAAGUCAGUCUGCUGAAGAUUACCUCAAAACCUUUAUGGAAACGGAAGUGAAACCACUUUGGCCUAAAGGCUGGAUGCAGGCAAGGAUGCUUUUUAAGGAAAGCCGAAGUGUUCACAAUCACCUCACUUCUGCUCCGGCAAAGAAGAAAGUGAUUCUGGCCCCUAAACCCAAAGUGAAGGACUCCAGUCCAAAAAAAGAACAGAAAACCUGUAUAUCUUCAGUCAAUUCAAGUUGUGCUCCUGUACUGAGUUCCAGUGCAGCUGCAUGCACCCCAGCCAGCUCUAGCUGCACAGCAGCUCCAGAGACCAUCUGCUUGGAUGACUCACUGGAUGAAGACCUCUCUUUCCACCCACCCUCACUGGACUCUGUUUCUGAUGCUCUGGCAGUUAUCAAUAAUGGUGCCAAGGGAUCACCUCUUGGGUCCACCAUAGACACAACAACACCCAGACCUCGCCCUGGGCUGAGGGAAGAGAAACUAGCAAGCAUUAUGAGUAAGUUGCCUCUGGCAACUUCAAAGAAAGUAGAGCCCACUCAAACAUCCCAUUCAUCAAGUCUUAUUGCUGGUCACACAGGGCCAGUACCAAAGAAACCCCAGGACUUAGUUCACACUGGUAUCUCUUCAGGCCUUAUUGCUGGAUCUUCAAUUCAAAAUCCCAAGGUUUCCUUAGAGCCUUUGCCAGCCAAACUACUUCAACAAGGACUACAGAGGUCAAGUCAGAUCCAAGCUGCUUCCUCCUCUUCUCAGACUCAUGUUUCUUCCUCUAAGACUCAAGCAGCUAUUUCCACCUCCUCUCAAAGAACCAAGGAUAUCUUGGUAUCAUCUGCUGAGGCUCAAGGUGGUACUUCCUCAACAUCACAAGUGACAAAGGUGCACCAGCAUUCAGCUGUACAACAGAAAUACGUAUCUCCCUUACAAGCAACUAUUAGUAAAUCACAGAGCAAUCCUGUGGUGAAAUUGAGUAGUAAUCCCAAACUCUCUUGCUCAUCACCAGUGCUCAAGGCUCAAGAUAAGUCUGUAGUGUAUCGCCUGCCUUUGUCUAAUCCUUCCUCUGGAAGUGGCUCUCAAGUGUCUCACCCACUGGUUUCUCGGACAACAUGCAGCACCUCUACCUCUAGUAACUAUUUAGCCAAGGCUAUGGUGUCACAAGUUUCUUCCCAGGGUUUCAAGCCUCCCUUCUCCAUGGCUGCCUCUCCCAAACCUGCUGCCUCUCCCAAGCCCACUUCAUCUAAGCCCUCUGUGACACCCAAGCCCAAUGCAUCACCUAAAUUUUCAUCCAAGUCCACCUCAUCCCCCAGGCCUGCAACAACACCCAGUUCUUCCAGUUCAAGUGCACUAGUUUCCCAGAGUAGUCACUCCAGCAACAACCCCCUUCAUAAGCAGACCAGUGGUGUAAAUAUCAGCAGGCAGUCUCCCACAGUGAAUUUGCUGUCCUCUAAUCGCACCUCAGGCCUUCAGCCUGCAAAAAACCCUCAGGCUUCUUCAAAAUUGCCCAACUCUUCUCCUUCUGGGACUGUUGGUAAAAAUAAUCUGGGUGGAGUUGGAAUGAAUGUACCUGCCAGCAGAGGCAGUAACCUUAACUCAAGUGGAGCUAGUAGGACUAGUCUGUCUGGGGGAGCAGGAAGUGGAACGCAGGGUGCUACUAAACAAUUGUCAACUCCACACAGACCAUCUUCUGCCUCAGGGUCUCCAGUUGUAGCAGCCAGCGUGCAGUCAACAGCAGGAGCAUCACUACUGGCUAAUGCCUCACCUCUGACUCUCAUGGCAUCACCCCUGUCUGUGACCAGUCAGAACGUGACGUCUGCACCAUUAACUCCUUUUGGGAUGCUGGGUGGCCUUGUUCCUGUGACUGUGCCCUUCCAGUUUCCCUUGGAGCUGCUUGGCUUUGGGACGGACACAGCUGGAGUGACAACCACCUCGGGAUCUACCUCAGCGGCUUUCCACCACAGCCUAACUCAGAACUUACUGAAGGGUUUACAGCCAGGUGCUCAGCAUGCAGCAACGCUGUCUCACUCACCUCUGCCUGCUCACUUGCAGCAAGCUUACACAGAUGGAGGCCAAAGUAAAGGGGACACUAAGUUACAGCGGAAAAACCAGUGACUUCUGGACAAGCAAGGGAGCUGAAGCAGUUCUGGUUGGCUGACAGAAUCUGCCCAGUUGGGAAAGUGCUUAUUGUCACAGGGCUGCUGUUUCUGUCAAUGUUUACAUAUUCUGAUCCUAAGCACUGUGGUGAGAGGAAGAAGAAAAAUAAAACAAUACUUGAUCAAAGAGAGAAGGAAAAGGAGGACUGGUCCUCCUGGUCAUGCAAACUGGUAGUAGUUUGAUAUUGCCUAAAGAAACAACCUUUUGUUAUCUGCUCUGAUUGGCUCUUAAAAGAAAUUGAUCGUCAAACCCACAGCAGCACCAACAUUUUGUUUCUGGGUGAAGUCCAAUGAGAAGUGGAAAUGGUGAAAGGUGCUAGAAUAGGUUUCUCCAUUCAAGGUGGAAUCAUCCACUUCCUUAGUGCCCAAAGUGCCCAGUAUAAGAUGACAUGUAGGUCCUGAGUGUACUAUAUGGUUGUGGACCAAAGGUUAUGUAGAAUAGAGAUGGUGCUGGGAUACUUUGCAUUAUAAUUAAACCUUUAGACAAAAGCAGUUUCUGAUAAUGGGCAUUGAUCCAGCUUUAGAAGGCUGUUUGACUUUAGGGAGCCUACAGAUGUAUGCAGUCUCAGUAGAGAAUUGUCUUCAAAAACAGAUCUGGUACAUCAGUAUGUGAGACACAGACUAUUUGAUUUAUUUUCAGGGUUUUUUUUAGUACAAAAGUUCUUAUUUAAGGGAGGAAGGGGAUGGAAAUUCAUUUACAUAAAAAGAAACCCACAUUUUAUUGGUCAGACUAGCAUUUCUUUCCCACAUUUUUUUUUAAACCGCACUAAUAUUUCAGUAUUUUCAUUUGUUAAACUUUCUUUUACCUUGUGCUUAUUUGCUACUGGAAAGAUACUCUAUUCAUGUCUUUCAUGAACCAGAACAAGUUCUUUUCUCAUUCUCAGGCUUCAUCCUUUAUGUAACUCCUCCCAGAAGCCAUGCAUUAUAUUGAUUUGCUCGUUAAAGAAAGCUGAUUGUGACCUGUUCCAGAGUCAGAUAAAUACUGCUUCAGGCAUUAGCCAAAGAGGAGUCGUUCAAAAGCGACCAGAGGUGCCUUCUCUUCUGGGGGCUGAAUGGGUUGUCUCCAGCAUUUCCAGCCCCUGCUGGCCUGGGGAGUUUUACCUGAACUCUUUCUUACAUGGCUGCACAAGACUGCAGAGCUGGCUUUGUUGUUUGGUUUUGUUUUGUUUUUUUUUUCUUUGAUAGCAAUACAUCAACCAGUUCACAUGUAAGAUUAGGAAGCAUCCAACACAUGUUGCACUUUCGACACUAGGACAGAACUUUGCUGUUGAGUCUCUUGAGCUGUCAGAUAAAAGGUGAGAAUGGCAGAAAUUAAAAUAAGUCAUAGGGAAAAGGAGCAAAUAAAUCAGUAUGAUGCCCUUCUCCUUCAACCCUGAAACAUUCCUUUGACCAGAGAUGCUGAAAUUCUUAGUAGAUAGAUCUUCUGGUAGUUUGACUCAGAGACUGAACCAGACACUGCUGGUUAUCUCACACCUUUAGAGAGACUUUGACCCCUGAAUAAUGACUCUUCAAUAUAUUUUGCUAGAUUACUUAGAGCUUGCAGGUUUCUUUUACAUGUGAUUUAUUUUUCUUAGAUCAGACAACAAUUUCUCUUCUAUUUAGAGCUCAUUUUAAUUUUAUAUAAAUAUAUAUACAUAAAUUUAAAAUAAUAUAUAUUGUGUAUUUAGUAUAAAAAUGUUGGGUUGAGCUCAGCAAUAAAUGUUUUUGCACAACACUUCUGUGAAAGACAGAUUGAAUUAAGAUGCAUUAGUUCAUUAGUUUCACUCCACAGCAUCUGCCAAUUAAAUGCUUUUGAGCUGGCACUAAUGUUUUGUAUGUGGUGUGUUGAUCAGAUAAGCUUGCAUCUCCAUCAAGGUUUAGAGUUGAAACACAAACACUUUGUAGACCCUGGCAUUAAUACUGUACAAAUUUAGUCAAAAUACCAUAAACUAUUUAGAGUGCAAGCUUCAUCUGAUACUUUUUUUUCUUUUCUCCAGGAAGGGUUGAAGGAAGCCAACUUUGUUUUUUGAGGCCCAACAGUUCUGACAGGAUGUUAAUUCUCUGAACUGUGUCAAACGUGAGAACUUUAACAAUGCAUGUAGCUAAGGGAGUUGUGGCAGUGAGCCAUUGGGCAGCAAUAUAUUUAAAGGACCCUGUCCUAAGAGAGUUCUACCUCUUCUGUGUUUUCCUCAUCAAGGCAUCCCAUUCAAAUUGUCAUCUUUUGUCUUCAUACUUACUGAAAUUUAGGCUGGGAGACUUGGAGCCCUUUAUAACUACAGCACAAAUUCCCUUUCAACAUUCCUUUCUUCCUGAAAAUGCGCUUCAUCUUCAGUUGAAGAGUAUCCUCUCUAAAUCUUGAGGGCAGGAGUAGUCCUACCUCUGGGUCCUAUUGAGCUUCUCAGUCUUGGGAAACAAGUAAACUAAAACUUAUUGUGGAAAUAAAUACUAGGGUGAUGAAAAUAAAGAUGACCAUACAUUGUUUCUGACAUCAGUUCAAACAACCUCCAGCAGGUAACUCUUCAGUCAUUACACUCCUGUUAUUCAUUAUGCUCCUGAGUGUCUUUUGAAUGAACAACACUGGAGAUGGGGACCCUUUACUUGCUGUUUUCUAUUCUGCUUGGUUAAACCUAGCAAGGCCAAAUCAAAGGAAAUAAUAGGGUGGUUCCCAGAGACCUUUGCAGGUGGCAUAGACAGAAUGGGAAAGAUUACUGCAACGUUUGAAUGCAAAAUUAGGUUAAUGUUUUACUAUCUUCUGUGCAGCAGCUCUUCUGAAGACAUUCCCCCCCCCCCCCCCCCCCAGGUUUUUACUACUUUUUAAGGGCCUUUGUUAAUAAAUAAACUGUAGUUGUGUACAUACUAAAUAAACCCUCAGUAUUCACAAGCAAUAAGAAAGCCAAGUAGAGCUGUCUUUUCAGGCAGUAGGGCUGAACUUGGUUUGGGGAUUGUGUAUGAGCUAACGUGUCAAGCUCUCUGAAAGCCCCAAACAAAUGCAAGCAAUAACUUCAAACAUAGGUUUUUGAUGUUGAAACUGUGUGGGUAGUAUUCCCUGCUACAUGAUCCAAAGUCCCAAAAACCAUGGUAGCUAUGUGAAAUCAUUAGAGACUCCUGCAAAGAAAGAAGGCAGGCUAGAUGAAAAACAGGCUGCAGUUUCCUGAUACCUUGGACUAUAACUGCAGUGUUCUCCCAUUCCAAGACACAAAGAGCCUAAGUCACUUUGUCCAGCCUUCUCUGUUGAUUUGAGAAACAUGUCUAAAUACAGAUAACUGAGUCACAAGUGCGGAUGCUGUGGGUUUCACAUCUGUUUUCUGCUAAUCAGAAGAAACUUUUAAUUACCUGGGUUCUGCUUUGUGUUUGAAUCUGAUCAAAGUUGUCUGAUGCACAGAUUUAGGGGUGGAACAGGUGCCUAAAGCCUGUUCCUUCCUGCAGUCCCAUCACCUGACCCUUCCUCCACACUCCUUCUCCACUUGGUGCAAGACCCUUGAGGACAUGAAAACAGAGAAAUCUGCAACUCUCCCAAGCUGCCAUCAGUUGUGCGAACCAGUAACCCUCCGGGAGUCACCUUGGACUCCCAACUAACUUUGUCACAUUUGCUGCUACAUUCAUAAAAUGAACUUUUGGCUGUAUUUAUUAGCAAAUUUUAAUCUAGUUUACAGGGGUUUUUUGUUUUCUUUUGAUUAGUUUUUGCCCACAGUUGGAUUAGAAGCAUUCGGGUGUUUGGGUUGAUGGGUUUUUUGUUUCGAUUUUUUUGUUGUUGUUGUUUGUUUUUGAGUGAAUUGGUGAAAGCACAGUGGUCCCUCUUCUACUUUUGUUCUGGAUUGUUUUUGAAAAUGGCAUUGCAGGGAAAACCUACAGCCAAGCCAAACUGUGGAAGGCUUUUUCCCACAGCUAACUUCCAUCUUUUGCUGAACUGGGGGGAAAAAUCAUUAAAGGGACGCUUGGUUUUUUGUUUGGACUUGUUAGUUGUUUUGGUUUUGUUUGUUUUGGUUUUUUUUCAUAAAGUGAACCAGAAGGUUAAAGCAUUAGGCAAACAACUGAUUCAUUAACACUUUAUGCAAUUUUAAUUUUAUAGAAGUUUUAAAAAAGGUUGGUAGACUUUGAUUGGUCCAAGCUCUGGUGAAAUGGCUGUUACCCUUCAUAACUUACUUGAUUCAGGCCUUUGUCCUUUGUUUAAGUGCCUUUUUUGGUUUUUUGUUUUAAUUUUAUUUCCCUAUCUUCUUUAAACUUUUCUCAGCGAUCCUGAAGUGCUGGAAAGCAUUUUAGAGGAAAAUCUUAAGCUUGCCAAGAUGGCUUUAUGCUGUUAAACUGGGGUUUUUUUCCCUUUUGUAAAGAAAAAAAACAAAAAACAAAACCAAGUGUGUAAUGUGUGUAACUGCACAGCUGCUGUACUGUGGCAUUGGUUCUAUGUGCUUGUGCAUUCUCUCUCACACAUGCACACACACACACACACACAAGCAAUAUUCCUGAAACCUGUUCAUCUUUCUCCAUUCUCCUGGCUCUGUUAAAUGCUACUUCAAGAAUGAACAUUUGUGCAAAGAUGACAGUACAAUAAAAGAGUGUGUGCAUGAGUGUGUGUAAAUGUGCAGGAGAGAAAGGAAGUGGCUAACGGGAAUGAAACUUGUUGCAUCUUUCUCUGAAGGUUUUGAAUUUGUUUCUUAAUUAGGUCAUGAGUAAAGUGUUAUAGGCCCUUAUUAAUGACUGGAUUGCUUCACACAAUCACUGAGUCUGAGGCAGAGAUGUGUGGCUGACAGCCCCAAGGAGCUGGGGGGUAAAUCGAGUUAAAAUAGCAGCUUGCAACAUAUUUGAAUUGAGAUUAACUGCAAGAAUCUUGUGUGCAGCUGAUCAUAUCUGCUUGAUACCAGUUACUGCAAGGAUUCUUAUAUUUACCAAAGUUGUCACUUUCCACCAUGCAUCCUAUGUAAGAAAGAAUUUGGUAAAACCUGCAAGAGUGCAGCUGCUAAUUGAGUUUAAAGCUAGCUAUGCUUCACAUGCUGCCUAAGUCACUUGUCUUCUUGUACUUUUCAAGUUGUACUUUUCAGUUUGUUGAGAUUUCAUUAGUGGUUUCUUCUCUUACUAUAAUGAACAGUAAGUUCAUGUGUUCUUAGCUGCAGAUAAAUCCUCAUAAUAGUAUCUGUGCUUGUUUCUUUAUCAGACAAAGUUAGCUAUCUCCAAUAGAUGAUCUAGUGAUUUUAACAGCUUUGUGCUGAGGAUCUAUCUAACUUAUGAUUAUUAUAAACAUGAAUACCUGAAAUUAGCACUUCAUUUGUGGACCAAGUGCUAAACUUAAGGUAACAUGCAUGUGCAUCACUAGACUAUUCUAGUUCUGUGAUGUGUUUCCCCUAGGGAAGUUAUAAGUUCGAGUUGCAAUAUGAAAAGGAAGCAUUUAUUUUACAGAGUUGGAAUGGAAUGAUGAGUCCUCCAUGGGUGGAGAACCAGUGUGGAAAGCAGAAAAUAUGGUACCAAAUAUGUUCCUGUGGCAGAGAAAAGCUUAAUUCACUUCUUGGCUUGUCUUCACAUGUUCAAGUUAACCCGUUAGGCAAACUAUGCCAUAAGUGGAUUUCUCCUACCAAUCUAAUGGUGCCGUUCAAAAAUAGGACCAUUGCUGGUAGCUCAGCCAGUUGGAGUGGUAGUUGAAGGUGCUUCUUAAUCUGUUUUAGGUGCAUCAGUGAAGUUACUUCAGUGAGGUUUACCACAUUCACUAAUUACGUUGUUUAAUUCCUUUUGAACACACAUGCUCUUCAUCCUGGGCUAACCUGUGGGAUGAGGAAUCUACAGCUGGUGAUGAUGGCUGACUGCUGCAGUCUUUAACAAGUGGCGCUGUUGUAAAAAUCUGUAUCUGUCUACUGCUUAAGAAAUCACUGCCAAAAUAAGCAGCCAGAAGUAUGCUUACUGGGCCACUGGAAAAAUAACUGUUGCGCAGGGGAAUGCUUUGUGGAAACUUCUGGUGAGGCUUCAUCAUCCUUUUUCUUUGAUGCAGUGAUCCCUUGCUGCUGUAAUAGCCUUUUGGGGCUCUAGAAAGCCCUGGUGCUGCUGUGAGUUAUGCUGAGAGAUCAACAUGGCCUGGAACUGGCCCAAAACUGGGGAAGUACAAAAAUUCCCUGCUACUGUUUUUGCACACUCAUAAGUAAAACUGCUAAUCUUGUCAGUAAUCAAGCAUAUAGUCCUGUCUUUUGUAGCCAUUUUUGACAGCUGUAGUUCUACCCCAACCACCACCAUGUUUUGUAUCUAGAAGUGUGUGUCAGUCUCUUCCAUUGCUGUCAUCUCCUGCUUAAACAAUAACCAUUAGCUACUAAGAUUUUCUUUAUGGUGAAGUAAUCCCAACCAAGCAGUGUACACUAUGUUUGGCUCCUAUCAUGCACAACACUAAAAGGGUUUUUUGUUUCUUCCUAGCAAUGUGUGCAGAUGUGUUUUAUCAAUAAAUAGUCGUAUUUGCUAUUGUCUACUACCAAGAGAAAAAGAGUGGGAGAGAAUAAACCAAAACCAGUCAGAAGAUGCCACUAUCAUAGGCCAAACUGAGCAGUUGCUGAGGUAGACAGAGCUUCAUUGAGACUUAGCAGAUUUCACCAGAGUGGGGGAAGAAACUUUUUUGUGUUCUCAGCUUUUUCCAGCUAAGGCCUUAGUUUGAUUAGUAGUCACUAAUAUCAACUAUGCAGAUAAGUAUUUACGUGUUUCAGUGUUACAUGCAUUCCUUUCCCCAGCUACCCCUCUUAACACAUAUUGAAAUUUUACCCAAAGAAAAUGGAGUAUUUUUGAAUGUCUGUAAUGCAGAACUUUUUGCUAACAUGAAAAAAAAAAAUUGUAUUUUAAAAAAGAAACCCUUUCACUGGUGCAGCACGUAGUGUCAAGUGUCAUGAAGUUGCUUGAGAGGGAAGCUGAAAUCACUUCUUGUGACAGGUUUUCGUCUGAGAGUUUUGUAGAAUAGUCAGCUCUCACAAUGGAUUAAGAAGCUGCAGAAAUGUUUUUUAAUGUACAGAUUGGAUUUGGGAGGAAACUCAUGAGACAUCCCAGGUUUCUUUCCAGCAUCAGAAGUGAAUUAAAGUAAAUUCUCAUUGAAAUGAAGUUGCUUCUAAACAAGGGGAGUUACCAGCUAAAUAAAAACUAAAUCCCAGUCCCCAGGUUCUCACUGGUCUUUUAGUCUUGUUGUAUGUAACUACAAAUAACAAUUUAGCUCAGAGGUGAGAAUUGUAGUAUGUGUUUUAUUGCCGGUGAUUCCAUCAUGUAGCAAUUAGUACCAUGUUCUUGCAUAGUUAUCAAGAUCUGUACUGGAAAUAGAUGGAGAAAUUUUAUUUUUGGACUACUGUAAAAAAAAAAAAAAAAAAACAGCAAAGUUAACUACUCCUUUUUACCCCCCAAAAGUCUACUGAGGAGUACUAUAUUUUAGCAGUUAAACUAGUAUCCUUGUUAAUGUGACUUGUCUCUUGUAGUCUUUUACUGAGCGUUAGAAGCAUUUAAUGAGUAAUCCUUAAAAAGUUGCCAUUCUCUAGCUUAAGAUCAGUUGCUUAUAAUAAAAGGGCAUCUAUGAUAACUUCUGAUGAUACAAAAUCUCUAUGUUCAUUGGGGGAAAAAAACCAGGUGAGGGUACAAGUCCCUGUAGCCUGCCUGUUAAGAGGGUCAGUGAAGAAGAGUGCCCUGCACAGCUAAUGGCAGUGGGGAACAUCCCCUCAACAGCAGUUUGGCCUCCAUAUCCUUUGUUUGGUGUAACUUCUAAAAUAUAUAUAUAUAUAUAUAUUUUAGAAGUCUGGAUAUAGUUUAAUUUUACCUGACUUGCUGUGAUCCCCUAGACAAUGAAGGGCUGAGAAACUAUUUUGCUGCCUUUCAUGGGGAGCUCAGAAUAAAAAGCUGGAGGAAUUUUAUUUUUUUUUUAAUAUUAACAAGUGUUAAAUCACAGCUAGAAUUCUUUGCAUUCCUCGGUUUCUAACAAAGGAGUGCAUAGUUACUGGGAGAUGGCAAACCUGUUUGAGUUGGUGAUUCCUGUGAUGCUUUCCUCAGUCCAACAUGAAUUUUUACAAGGCCACCUUCCUCCUUUUAACACUCAAGUUCCAGAUCAUAGGGCUUAGCAAUGGAGAGAGGAUCCCAACAGCCUUGUGCUUACCUGAUGAGCUCUCCAGGGAAACUGCCCCAUUAAAUGCUCCCCUCUUGUGACAACAAGCCUGAACUCCAAAUGCAGCUACAUUUGGAGUGGCAAGCACCACUUUCAUUUGGAUUUUUUAGGGAGGUGUGUUCCAAUAACUUCAAGGGAUACUGUGUUUUAAAUGUGUGGUUUCUUUCCUCUCUCCUUAUAAAACUGGACCUGAACACAAGUUUUGAGUUGUUGGGGUUUGUUUUUGUUUUGGGUUUGGUUUUUUUUGUAAUAAUCUCAGGACCUGAAAGAUUGUAGCAUUUAGUGUGUCUUAAAAAUGAUGUACUGUACCAGCCAUGGAUUUUGUAAAUACACCUGUCUCCCUUUUUUGUAUUUUAAUUUUUUAAAAGUGUGUAAGGCUCUUUGCCAGAGGAACUGGUGCCUGCUUUAUCUCCAUCCUGAACUGAAGCAGGAAAAGGAAGAAGCUGCUGCCUCAAAAGCCCGCGUCAGUUCCAAUGCGUUAUAUUGUUCUGGUCAGUUUAAUGGCUGUUAGUCUUUUGUUAGUUGGGAAGCUGGUUAGUUCCACAUUCCCAGUUGUGGCUAGCAGAGCCCUGUCAGGGAGGCUAAUUUUAACUCUCUUCUGUGUGACUACUUGACGUUUUCACUCCUUCCAGGUACUCAGGUUUCCUAUCCCUGAGCAGUCCAAUGCUUUCAGAGGUCAGGACUAUUGGCCCUCUGUGAGAAUAACUGGGAGAGCAUUUCAUUUUAUCAGUGCUCUGAUCCAAACACAGUCAUGGGGUUCGUAUCCUGCAAACCUUGCAGGGAACGCUGCCUUCACCUGUUCCGGAAGGGACUUGCCCUUUUCUGCUUUCCUGAAAGGAGCACAAGCUUUUUUAGGCAGCAGACUUUGCUCUGGGAUCCACCCUUGCCGGCAGACCCCUGUUCUGCAGUAGGAGCCUUACUCAAUUUGGCGUAGCUGUUCCCUGUCCCUGACUGCGACAGGCUUUUUCAUGAGUGUACUUUUCUGUUUUUCUAUGUGUCACGUGUCUGUGCUGUAUGAAAUAAAGAGGAAUGUACAUAUUA